UCUACUAGAGGAUGAUUGUACGAGACCCAGAGGGAAUAUAAGUAGACCCGGACAGAGAGUCCAGAAUCAGAGUUUCUGUAACUUCCGAAGGAUCUUUAUUUCUAGAAGUUGGCAAUACGGAUAACAGAGAAGCAUGGCGCUCCUGAGGUCAGGCUGGUUGUGGAGACAGACUGCUAUCCUAAGACGCUGGAAGCUAAACUGGUGUGACCUUUGGGUGGAUGGGAGUCUUUGCUUCUACACGAGUGACAGCAGACGAGAGUUGGACCAACGCAUCAGCCUCAAGACGGCGUGCAUCGAUGUGCGCUCUGGCCUGGAAUGUGGAGGUGUGGCCCCACCUGAGACCAAUCCCAGGGAGAAUCUGAUUGUGGUUCAUCUCAGAGACGGGUCAACGCUCAACCUUUGUGCCAACAGUGAAGAUGAAUCUCUAGCGUGGAAGCUGACUCUGCUCGACACCAGAAGAAACCCGGUGUUUGCAUACAACCCUAAUGAUGACUCCUACCAGGCUAUCCCUCUCAACGGCUACCACACUGUCUACAUAACACCUGGAGCAGGACCAGGAACCCACCAGGUGGUCGUUCAGCGGGACCCCUUUGAUGGAGCGGCCGAGAGUCUUGCUCUGGGAAUACUGGCGGGCGUGGCAGCAGGAGCAGCCAUGCGAUCCUUCCUCUGGAUGCCCUUCUUAUUCUGCUGACAUGAAUGACAUUACUGACAGAAGCGCGGCACUCCGGCGGAGGGGGAGUGGGACACCCAGCGAGCACGAGUACAAAGGCCUCUUCAUCGCCUCUGACAUAAUCUCCUUCAAUGUGCAUCGUAGCAGCCGCUCUGCUUUUCUUCUCGUGUCAAGUUCUGAAUCUUAAACCAAAGGCUAGGACUGCUAAAUAUUUAUGUCCAUGUUGCGUCUUUAAAUAGCACAGAAGUACCCACCAACGCCUGUCAAACAGCUCAAUUUUGUAUCAAGCGGUCUUUUAUGUGCUAAAUUUUACACUUUGAAAGCAGAAGAAAUGUAGAGACUGUAAUCUGCAUUAACGUUUGUUAAACUGCUGAAUUAAAACAUCGUUUAGCAAUCUGGUCUGAAGUUAAUUUGUUUCAUCAGAUAAUUAAGCUAUUAUUUUAGUUGGUCUUAAUCCCAAGUGAUGCCCGUGACCUCUGUCCCGCCCCUGCUUUGUUACGACUGGGUCGGUAUGUUCCGUACCGGUGCAAACGGCCUUGAAUGGGAGGAUUAUUGGCUCCGUUUUAGCAGCGUUAGUUUUUCAGAAUUUGACUUUCCUUAUCUUGGGAUGCAUCAACAAGAUUAUCAAGUAACUUCCAACUGAUUAGCUGCUGCAAUCAGAUUGAAUUUGCUUUAAAGUUUAAGAUUAAACAGAAAUGGGCACAUGGGGGGAGCAAA